CGAUCGAUAAGUCACAUGCGGACGGAAAUACAAUACUCUUGUCAAAGCAGUCUGAAACAGUUGGCUCGCCCGGUGUUCAUGCAGAUGGGGGGCGGCAAAUGCUACAGGACCGAAGUCUUCCUCCAUGUUUCGGCUACGCGGAACCUUGAUUCUAGAAAGUACAUAAAAUGUACGGCCAGAAUGCAGGAACUCCAAGACGAAGGUGUACAGGGGGCUAAUGAUGAGCACCAUUGCCAAGAUAUGGAGCAAAAACCUGUACUUGAACCGUUGUUGAACGAGGAGGAAAUCACCGUUGACGAAGACAUACCAACUGGUGGCAUACAAGAUCAAGAUCCUAAUGAUCCAAUAUUUAAAAGCUUGGCUGAAGUAUCCAUGCAAAAGUAUUUGCAAUCUAUUGGCAGUAUAGAAGCUCAUAAAGUAGUGCGUGUUGAAAAAGCCUCGACGCAGGUCGUAGCCGGAUUAAUGACUCGAAUCGAGUUCGUGAUUUCGCCUUCAGACGGUAAUUCCGGUGACGUCAUUAGCUGUUAUUCAGAAAUUUGGGAACAACCGUGGAUGAACAAGAAGGAAAUCACCGUUCACUGUAAAAUUAACAACCACAAAUACAGAGCCAAGCGAGACACACCAGUUGGUGGCAUACACGAUCAAGACCCUAAUGAUCCAAUAGUUAGUCAACCACAAUGAAAAAUAAGUCUUACUAUCUAAAAUAAUACAAUUGUUAUUUGUUAAAAAACUUAGAGGUUAUGUGUACUUAUUAAUUUUUAUUUUUCUGUUUUUUGUUACAUUUUUUUUGUAUUUUUUGCUAACCAAAUUUUACGUUCGAGUCAUCGCUUUUGUAGUAAGAAUACAUUUUGGAGGGAAUUUUUAAUGAUUGCUUUUACAAUAAAAUAAUUAUUUCUUAUUA